AUGGCAGCCGGCGGAUACUCGGACCUGAGAGAGAAGCUCAAAUCCAUGACGCCGCACAGGGACGACAACAAAAAUAAAUACGUGGACGGGACGAAUAACGGCGGCGGGAAGGGCCGAAAGAGAAAGUACCGGGAGUCUGACGACGACGAGUACGAGCACAGCGAAGACAGCGCGGAGCUCCGGGAGCAGGAGGCCCGCCGGGUGAGGAGCAGCAUCCUGCAGAAGAGCAUCUUCAGCCCGGGAGAGUGCGCCCUCAUCGAGGAGAAGAUUGACGAGGUGGUGGCCAAAGGAGAGGCUGGACUUUACAGGGAGCACACCGUGGACAGAGCGCCCCUCCGUAACAAGUACUUCUUCGGUGAGGGCUACACGUACGGAGCCCAGCUGGAGAAGCGUGGACCGGGCCAGGAGCGGCUCUACCGCAAAGGGGAGGUGGACGAGAUCCCGAGCUGGGUGCAUGAGCUGGUGAUCCAGCGGCUGGUGUCCAACGGGGUGAUCCCGGAGGGGUUCGUCAACAGCGCAGUCAUCAAUGACUACCAGCCCGGUGGGUGCAUCGUGUCACACGUGGAUCCUCUGCACAUCUUCGCUCGGCCCAUAGUCUCGGUGUCUUUCUUCAGUGAUAGUGCGCUCUGCUUCGGCUGCCGCUUCCAGUUCAAACCGAUCCGGGUGUCUGAACCAGUGUUCGUCCUGCCCGUGAGGAGGGGGAGUGUCACGGUGCUCAGUGGCUAUGCCGCUGAUGACAUUACCCACUGCAUCAGACCCCAAGACAUCAAGGAGCGGCGUGCAGUGAUCAUCCUCAGAAAGACCAGACCUGACGCUCCUCGACUGGACUCUGACAGCCCUUUAAGCUCUUCUCCUGCAGGGAGACCUGCUCCUCUGAAGGCCAAACGCUCUCAUCGCAAAGCAGACCCUGACGCCGCUCACAGGCCGAGGGUUCUGGAGAUGGAUAAAGAAGAGAACAGACACCCUUCGCUCUCCCGUCAUCGGCGUCACAGCAUCAGGUCUGAGAACUACUGGAGGCGUGGUCAAGACUACGACAAACACCAGGAGACUUCAGGGCGCAAAGUAAAAAUGAGACGCCAUUGAUUCCUUUCUUUCACGUGCAGAUGAAUAUCUGUUCUUUUGUGUAUUUCAGUUUUGCGGUAUUAUUUGACCGGUCAACGUUCCCUUGGUCCAGUUCUAGUCUGGCAUGAGGAGCUCAGUCAUCACAUUGUCUGCAUUUUAGUUUGAGUCUGGAUCAGUUUGAGUGUUUGUUUCUGGCAGACAAAGCCAGCGUGUCUGCUUCAUAUUACAGAACCUCUAGUUACUUACUACAGUUAGGUUCUGCUGUUAAACUGUUCAAUUACCUUAAAUUAUACCUUUUUGUUUUUUUGUUCAUAGAUGCUUCAAAAUUUCAUGUAUUUUUUUGUAACCAGGGUGUACAGACCUUAAGAGCUAAGAGGAAGAUGUACGUAUGGACUUGUACAAAAGAAAAACCUGACCUGUAAUCUAACUUGUUAUAAUGUACAAUAUGUUUGCAUAGUCUUUGAUUGGGGGACUUUUAUGGAGAAUGAACCUUUGUUUUCUUGCACCUACACUACUGCUCCGUACCUUUACUGUGCCAUGUCAGAUCUUCAUAUCAUGUUCUCUUUGGCCUCCAUAUCGCAGUUUAAGUUACAGUAACUGGCAAACAUGCAACCGUGCUUUCUGUGUUAUGAUUGUACUCAUCUUGGUGGAGUUCGCAGGAUGACCUAUCAACUAAACUGAUGCUUUAUGGAGUGAUGGAAAACUCAGGUCUUGUUGUACACUCUGACAUCAGUCUGAAGUUGUUUUACCUCAUAUGGUGACAGAGGCCACGUUGUUCUGUAUUAAAUCUAAUUUCUCGUCAUUUAAAUCAGAUGAGAUGUGGGUCAGUCGGAACUAAGCAAAACCGCCUCUGUUGUGUCCCGUUUUGAGAAGAAGCUCGACUUCCAGAAAUCUCACUCCUUGCUGUUUGCUGUGUAAACACACAAAUGUGUUGCUUUCUUCCAGUCGGCCAUAUUUGGCAGAGAUGCUCAUUAGCUGUCUGCUAGGUUGGUCUGGAGUUGCACAUGAACAAAAAUAACCUACGUUCAGAGGAGAGGUUGCUUUCCGAAAAAAAAGAUGAGUAGUGUUCACAGCUUUCUGAAGCUCUGCUACACUUGAGAGCUUAAGCAUGUUAGCGACAAUAAGCUGCAAUGCUGGACAGCAAAUGGGAAAUUGAUUUUGUGAACAGUAGUAUAAUGACUUUUAGUGGUCACUUUUGAUUUGACGGAGAAGGUGCUGAUGAAUUAAAGAAACCUAAAAAUUGUC